AGCUGCGAUCCCACAUCCACCGAUCCCGUUCCCGUUCUCAACUUCAGCAACCCUCCUUAUCGCAAUCAACCUGCACCGACUCUACUACAACGUCAAAGCAACCCGCAGCUAUUCAUCAUGGACCGUAUCAAGGAGAAAAUGAACCAGCUUCGUCUGGAGGCCGACGACAACGCCGCCAAGGUUGAGGAGCUUCAGACCAAGGUCAAGUCCCUGGAGCAGGAGAACCUGUCCAAGGAGCAGGAGAUCACCUCCUUGCAGCACAAGAACGGUCUGCUCGAGAGCGAAGUCGAGAAGCUUGAGACUGCAGUUAAGGACUUCAAGAAGGCUGCCGACGAGAGCGCUGGCACCGGCACACAAAACGAGACUCUCCAGCGCAGACUCCAGCUCCUCGAGGAGGAGGCCGAGGAGGCGGACAAGACCCUUCGGGAAGCCAACGAGAAGUACGUUCUGGACCCUGUUUGCCGAAUCGAUGAUACCCCCUUUUCACUCUCCGACCCCCAUCGUGUUCAUUAAAGCCCGCCCCACCGAAACGACCGACCGAUGCAUUACUUAUUACUUACACCGUCUUUUCAUAGGCUCCGACAGACCGACGUCAAGGCCGGCCACUUCGAGCGCAAGGUCCAGGCUCUCGAGUCGGAGCGUGACCAGUGGGAGUCCAAGUACGAGGAGAUGGCCAAGAAGUACGCGACGGUCCAGAAGGAGCUCGAGGACUUCCAGGCCGAGAUUGGCAACAUCUAAGGUCCUUGUUGCGCGUGUCAUUUUAUGCAAGGCUUUUCUACAUGAUAGACUCUUGGCUUGGGACACUGUGUUGGUGAUCUGACUUAGCUAUCCCAACAAGCGGUGGAAUGCAAAUGACGGGACGGUUCGCGACCGAGUUAUAGCAGCCUUAUUUUUACUCCUUUUUUU